GAUCUCAGGAAAGUAAUAUAAAGUGGGAUGACCCUAUAUCUAUAUGGAAUUGGAUUCAACAAUAUAGACGACUACCAAACACACAACCAAACCCGUUCAUUACAACAUUUGGUGCAGAAUUUGUUUUUUGUCAUCGUGAAGAUACAAUUGAUGUACUGUGGAAUGGAGUUCAGAAAAAAAAUGGGAUCAUGCAACGGUUUAUAAAUCGAAACAGUGCUGAUAGAAAUGUACAUCCUGUUCUGUAUCUUGGUGCUGGACCUGGGGCAGGAAAAACCAGAUGUUUACAAGAACUUGAACAUAUUCUGCAGCAAAAAGCUAGCAACUCUGGAAAUCCAGAAAUCGCGUCAGCCUUCAAGAAUGGUAUAUUUUUAAAUGUUACUUAUGGAAACAGUCAUUCAGCUUAUAAGGAUUACAUACUUGGUUGUGGGGAAACUUCAUUGGCACUUAGAGUAUUACAUCGAUAUUUUGUGGAUGGAAAUCAAGAUUUUCCCUUCGAAUUAAUGGAAAUUCAGACAAAAACUGCAAGAUUAAGCCUAUUUACUGUAUUACAAGUUAUUUUACAUGAUUUACAAUCUAGUUUAGAAACAAUAGCGAUUGUAGUUGGAGUUGAUGAACUGAAUAAAGUUUAUGAUAUUGAUCAUGAUUCUUUCAAAGAAAUCAUCAAUCAAGUUGGUAGAAGAUCUUGUGCAGGAGGCUGUCCUGCUCAAGUUUUUUUUGUUCCUGUUCUUGCAGGAACAAUUGAAGGACCAUUAUCUGAGGUCAUUAUGCAGUCAAUGCAUGAAGCUUUGCCGUUACCACUACAUCUUUUAUUAGAAUCCAAUGCUUUUGAAAUUGCAAGGCAGCUUAAUUUUGAUCAAAAUUAUAUUAACCACAACUUGUACUUCAGACAAUGUGUUGCUGAUAUUGGUGGUCAGGUUUGUGCACUGGAAAUAUUCUAUGAUUAUCUACAAACUGAAUCUAAAACCCGCCCUUUGGAAGAUGUGGACUUAGUGGAAGCCAUGUAUACUCUUCAUAUCAGAUUGAGUGAUCAAUAUGAGUUUAAAAAAUUUUCUCGUCAAAUGACACCUAUGUUGGCUCAUGCAAUUCUCCAGAGACCUGUUCAAAAGGAAGAUUAUAUAAUUGUUAACAAAUGUCACCUCACAUAUCAAGAAAUGAGUUCAAAAGGUCUGUUACAUCUUGUUUGUUCAAACAAAGAAUUAUAUAUCAGACUUCCAUAUUUAUGGCUGUGGAUAUUAACAUCAUCAACUUCUCAGUAUAAAGCAUUUAAAUUUUGGGAUAAGAUGAUCGAUCCAAAACAAAUAUAUUUUUGGGAAAAUUGGGAACAUUUUAAUGUUAAUUUCUGGGCACUUCGCCUGUGCUUGAUUUCAUCAAUUUCAAUACAAGCUACUUGGGAAGAUUUGCUACCAGGAGUACUCAUCUCUUCUGACUGGUUAGAAAAGCUUGAUUGUCCUAUCAUUAUACCAAAUUAUGAAAAAGUAGAGGUUAAACAUCUCAACAAGCAAUAUCCUUGGUCAGAGAAUAAACAUGAUACUGUUAAUCCAUAUGAUUCUCAUAUUGUUUUUCUAAAUGCAAUGGGUUCACCAUUUGAUGGAUUUUCGUUCAUUAGAUUUUAUCACAUGGAUAACAAUGAACCUAAGAUGACACUCAUAGCAUUGCAAAUGAAAUGGGCUAACUGUAAUGUAAAUACUCGUCAAACUAUCACAUCUUCCAUGAUAAUGGAAGAAUAUCGUAAGGUUUAUGGUGCAGUAAAUAAGAUACCUGGCGUUAAUGAUUGGCUGUUAUUAAUAUUGUCAAAUUGUGUAUUUAAACCUGGAGAAUUGCCUAGAAAUUGUGCGCUUGUUUAUAAUUGCAAUUUCAAAGACUUUUAUGGAUAUGUUUUUGCAAGUAGAGCCACUUUCACUGCUUCUGUUGAUGUGAUAAAUGUCAAUUCAGCACAUGAUUGGGAGUUAAAAUUUUUACAUGGUGUAGGAAUGAAAACUGCAAAAAAAAUCAUUGAUGAACGAGCUCUUGGACCUUUUACAGAUUUUAAUGAUCUGAAAAGACGUGUGCCAGAAUUUCCUUUAAGUGCAUCAAAGC